AUGUCUGAAGUUAAAGACCUUUUGAAGGAAAUUGAACAACUGAAGAGGGAAAAUGCUAAACUGAAGAAACAAGUCAACAAUUUCCAAUCGUCUUCUGCCAAUAUCAGUUAUCCAUUAUCACUUGAAGAAUAUAGACGUUAUGGGAGACAAAUGAUUGUAGAGAGUACUGGUGGUGUUCAGGGGCAAUUAAAGUUGAAAAAUGCUAAAGUACUGGUGAUUGGUGCUGGUGGGUUGGGUAGUCCUGCUCUUCCAUAUCUUGCUGGUGCUGGGAUUGGACAAAUUGGUAUUGUAGAUAACGAUACUGUUGACACGUCAAAUUUACACCGCCAAGUUAUUCAUGAUUCUACAAAAGUCGGAAUGUUAAAGUGCGAAUCUGCAAAACAAGUGUUAACUAAGUUGAAUCCUCACGUCAAUAUUAUCACAUAUCCAGUUAGAUUAGAUUACAGUAAUGCAUUUGAUAUCUUUGAAGGUUAUGACUAUAUAUUAGAUUGCACUGACACUCCUCUAACAAGAUAUCUAAUAUCAGAUGUAGCCGUCAACUUAGGUAUCACUGUUGUAUCAGCUUCCGGAUUGGGCACUGAGGGUCAGUUAUCAAUUUUGAAUUUUAAAGAAGUGGGACCUUGUUAUAGAUGUUUCUAUCCAACUCCUCCUCCACCUAAUUCUGUUUCCUCAUGUCAAGAAGGUGGUGUUAUUGGUCCAUGUAUUGGCCUAGUUGGUAUAUUAAUGGCUGUAGAAACUAUUAAGUUGAUCUUAGAUAUUUACACUAUAGACAAUUUCCAGCCAUUCUUAAUGAUGUACUCAGGUUUUCCACAACAAACUUUGAGAACUUUUAAGAUGCGUAACAAGAAGUCUGAUUGUAAAUGUUGUGGUGAUAAUCCAACUAUUACUAGACAAACAAUCGAAUCUGGAGAAAUUAAUUAUGAAUUAUUCUGUGGAUCAAGAAAUUAUAAUGUGUGCACACCUGAUGAAAGGAUAUCUGUAGAAAUGUUUGAAAGUGACUAUCACUCUGUUUCAAAGGAUAACAACUAUAUCCUUUUGGAUGUUAGACCUUCACAUCAUUUCAAUAUAUCACAUUUUCCAAAUGCUAUUAAUAUUCCAGUAAAAGAUUUGAAAGAUAUGAAUGGCUCUGUUGAUAAGUUAAGGGAAAGGAUACCACAUUUGAACGAUAACAGUGAAUUGCUGGUUUUAUGUCGUUAUGGUAAUGAUUCUCAAAUUGCUACCAGGCUUCUAAAAGAUGUUUUCAAAAUAUCAAAUGUUAAAGAUAUCAAAGGUGGCUUUUUCUCAUAUAUUGAUGAAAUAGAUCCUUCCAUACCAAAGUAUUAG